AUGUCCACCUCCAAACUGACACCACCGUCAUCAUCCUCCUCUUCCACUGUUGGGACAGACUCUUCUUCCAUUCCUUCUUUUAAAGAUGAAAGUUUCAGACAAGCAACCGUUCGUGAAUAUGAAAGAGUUAAAUUGAUGAGAUUGUUUGAUUUGGUGGACUACCAUGCUGGCUCGGGCAAGGGGUCAAAAUUUGUGCUCCGAGAGUUUAAUACGAAUGAAGAUGUAACUUGGAAACAAUUACAACAAUCUUCUGUUGCUUUUAGUGCCAAAUUAUUGGAAUGUGGAGUUCAGAAAGGAGAUAUCAUUGCCACUUCAUUGCCCUUUCUGAAAGAACAUAUCUAUUUAAUCUUUGCUUGCAUGAGACUUGGAGCUGUCAUUGCUCCCCUUGAUCUUAGAUUGAAGGAACAUGAAAUUGCAAAAUGUUUUGAGGCUAUCAAACCCAAAAUGUAUUUCUUUUUGGGAAAUAUUCCAGUGUCAGACUUUCGUCCAAUGGUUAAAAAUUUAAUGAAACAAUUUAAAAAGGAUGAAGAUGACACUACUGACAAUUCACAGAGAUGUGUCACUCAUUGGAUCCAAUUUCAAAAGGAAAGUGAUCAAAUUAUUGAUGGAGCUAUUGGAAUUUUAGAUUUUGUUGCCAAUGUUAAAAAAUUAUAUAUUAUGAACAUGUUGAAAUCAGUGUUCGGAUAUGGUGUUUCAUGGUAUGAACAAAACGUUUCACCAAAGGAUCCUUGUGUUAUUAUUUUCACAACUGGAAGUACCGGCAACCCAAAGGCUGCAAAACUCUCACAUGAGAACAUUCUCAUUCAAAACAUUGGUAUCAAGCGAGCAUUCUUUGAUACCUGGGCUGAUCCUGAUCGUGAAGACCUGAUCAUGAUGUGUAAUCUUCCACCUUCCCAUGUUGGAUGUUUCACUGAACAAUUCUUUACAACUAUUUACUUUGGAGGUGUUUGUGUCAUUUUGCACAUUUUCGAUGCUGAAAAGAGUUUGCAAGCAAUCGAAAAGUACAAAGUUAAUGCAUUAGGACAAAUUCCUGCUCUUUUCCAAUUGCAAUGGCGUCUUCCAAACUACUCAAAAUACGACUUGAGUAGCUUAAAGCUCGCAAUCUAUGGUGGCCAGGCUGUCACUUCUCAAUUUUUAGAAAAGAUGCAAACAAUGGCUCCCUAUAUUUCAUCUGGGCUUGGUCUUACAGAGACCGCUGGAUUCUGUACUUACACAAGGAUAGGGGCAAGCGUUCAAGACAUCAUGGCCAGCAUUGGAUAUGAUUCUCCUCUUUGUCCAAUUUCCAUUCGAGAGCCACCAAAACAGGUGAACGGAAUUUGGGUGGCAGGUGAUGAAAAACCAGCAUCUCAAGUUGGAGAAGUUUGUUUUUCAGGACCUCAAGUCUUUGUUGGUUAUCAUGGAGCUGACUCUAACAAGGAAAUUGAGGAGAUUAUGAAGCAAACAGUAAUGCCAAAAUCGAUUGAACUGAAAGACAGCAAAAAUCCCUUUGACUUUGUUUUAUAUACUGGAGAUGUAGGAUCCUACGAUGAAUUAGGACUACAUUUUGCCUCAAGAAGAAAAUUCAUCAUCAAACCUAAGGGUUAUCAAGUAUUCCCGUCUGAGGUUGAAGAAUUUAUUGAAUCUUCUUUUAAGGAUCAAAUUCUCAGGGUUGGAGUUGUUGGAGUGGAGCAUGAAAUAUUUUCUGAAGGAAUUGUUGCCUUUGUUGAGUUGAAACCAGAAGUAACGUUGACAGCCAAAGAAAUUUUGAGUGCUUGUCAUGAAAUGGCUGCUUACAAGAGACCUUCACAUAUUGUAUUUCUUAAAGAACCAAUGCCAUUGAAUCGUGUUGCAAAGAUUGAUUACAUUCAACUCAAGACAAUGGCAGAACAAGAAGUCAAGACAUUGCGAGACCAAGGAAAAUGGGACAGACAAUAA